CGUUUUCUUUAUAGUUAGUGCAAUCUCUCGUGGAACUGAAUAUAAUAUGUAUAUAUAAAUGUGAAAUUGCGAACUACACAUGAAUACGAUUCAUGAACACAUGGUAUUAGAUGCAACGGGUAAUGGCUACUGUAAUAACGUUAGAGAAAUUAGAAACACUGUUUUAUUCAAUAUUAGUAGACAUGUAGUUCAUAUUCUUAAAAAGACAUUUUGUGAUUUAAUUACACCUACAAAUUCAUUUUAAUUAACUAAGGUUAAUAAUAAAUUCAUUUGUUCCAUGAUUUCCCUACUGAAGAAUACGUUAACAGAAAAUGACAGUAUUAGAAAUAGAAGAAGAUACAGAUAAACGUUCAGUUCCUCCUAGGAAGAAAUUUUGUUUAUCCCUUUCAGGCCGUGAACGUAUACUUUUUAGUAACACCUCUCAGGUUCCUCAAACUUCGAAUAGAGAGAGCCUUGUGAAUACAGAUACUUUUACAUAUAGUACAAGCAAAAUGUUGAAUGGCUAUCGUAAUCAACUGAGUAAUCAUCAAGACGGAAGUUAUGAUGUGUCGAAUAGUGGUACAGAAGGAUUAAGAAUAGCUACAUUGUGUAAUUUAGGAAAUACAUGUUUCUUAAACAGUGUGAUAUAUACUCUACGAUUUGCACCAUCCUUUUUACAUAAUUUACAUCACUUAGCCACUGACUUGUCUAAUUUAAAUGAUAAGCAACUUCAAGUUAAAAUAAAAUCAUCCUCUUUGGGUGGAACUGGUGCAUCGCUUACAUCCAGUAGCAGCCGCAGUUGGAGCAGUAAAGAUUUAUUAGCUUUAGCUGGACCAGCUGGAGAUAACAAUAAACACAGAAUACAAAUAGCAACUGAAAAAUUACAUGAAUUGUUUAUGGCAUUACAUGCAUCCGAAGCAAAAGAAAACAGUGAACCGUAUCAACCAGAUGCAUUUUUACAAGCUCUAAGAGAAGUGAAUCCUAUAUUUGAAGGAAAUCAACAGCAGGAUGCACAUGAACUGUUGGUUUGUUUGCUCGAUAAUAUCAGAGAAACAUUUCAUUUGUUAGUGAGACAUAGAGAAAGUCAAUUUGGACAAAGUAAUGAUGGAUUAUCAAAUUUGUCUAGUGAACAUUCAACAGAUAUACAAUCUGAAGAUAGUAAUUCCAAUAAAAGAAGCAUUCGUAAAUUUAGAAAAAAGAAAAAGAUAACAUCAAGAGGAAGUUCGUCUUGUCUCGUACAACCAAAUUUAAAUGGUGUAUCAGUACCUUCUCGACCCUAUGAAAAUGUAAAAUAUUAUAUGAAGUACUGCAUGAAAUAUGAAAACGGCCAUUCUGAAUUUACGGAAAGUAAUGGAGAUGUGGGCAGUCAUAGACCUGAAAGUAAAACAUGCUUUAUUUCUGAAGAUUUUGAAGGAGUUAGCCUUUUGCAAACCACAUGCCUUGAAUGUGAACAUGUUACUGAGCGAAAAGAAACAUUUUGCGAUAUAUGUGUGCCUAUUGAUAUUGACAGGUCAAGCGAAGAUGAUGAAGAAGUGAGACCAAUGGAUAGUAGCGAAGUAUAUAGGCGAGCAGUAGUCACUAGUGAACUUCUGUGGGGCAGAGAUAAAUAUUGGUGCGCCCGUUGCCUUCGGUAUAAUGAAGCUCGAAGGGCAGUUUGUUUUCCAUCUUUACCACGGCUACUUAUAUUGCAGUUGAAAAGAUUUUCUACCGCAGCAGGGUCAAUGGAAAAAAUUAAUAAUCAUAUGCCAACACCGUUAACGUUACAAUGUUUUUGUGAAGAAUGUAACAACGAUCAAACUCAUGGAACUUCAGGCAGCAGAUCAGAAUCACGACACGUGUAUAAGUUGUAUUCUGUGAUUAUGCACCAGGGCGCAACAAUGACAGCUGGUCAUUACGUUGCUUACACCCGUUUACCUGAUGAAUCUGCAUUUACAGAAUAUUUUCAAUGUGACCGUGACUGUAAGCGACAAGCUUCUGGUCAGGGUAAUAGUAGCAGCACAAAUACAAAUUCAUCUUCAUCGGAUAAAACAUCCGGUAUACUAAAAUACUUCAGGAGUAAACCAAGUGUUAGCGAAUCUAAGGAACAAUUAGUUAGGGUUGGUUGUCGCAGUAUUGAUUGUUGUGGUAUUCGACGUCAUAAACAUCCCAGUACUUGGCUGGAAUGUGACGACGAAGCAGUACAUGCAAUUCCAUUACGGGAAUUAGAGGAUAAAUUAGCGCCAAAUCCACGAAAUUCCGCCACUCCGUAUCUUUUAUUCUAUGUGAGAUCUAUGACAUAAAAGUGUUUUUUUCUUAACAAAAAAAUGUUUGUCAAAUAACAAAACUAAAAACGAACUGAGCUUACUUCCUUUUGCGAAAAACAAACGUUAUCAAACACAUUCCAAAUCUCUGUUUACUCUGAAUGUGCUAUACCGAAUUUAGAUGAACGUGUAUAAUUUCCUAGAAAGUAAAUCGUAUUAUUGAAAUCAUCUUAAAUAUUAGAGAUUAGCAGUUGAAUACUACGCAAUAAGUUUUCCAAUCUGAACACUGAUGUUACUGUCAAAUCUUGUUAAUGCUACAGUGUCAAUUUGUAUCUAGGCGACUAACGUUAGUUGAAACGCGAAGUGUUAUAUUUUUAAGUUAUCACUGUAAAAAUAAAAAUAUGUAUUCUUGA